GGUAGGAGGCUCUAUCUACCCCGCCCCUCUGUUGAAGUCCCUCAGCUCCUGCUGCGGCGCCACUCCUUCUAGGAUGGCUGCCCUAGUUGUAAGCAAGCCUGGAACGGGGCUGGACAGUGGCCGUCAGGGCAGCCGCGGUACGGCCGUGGUGAAGGUGCUGGAGUGUGGAGUUUGUGAAGAUGUAUUUUCUUUGCAAGGAGACAAAGUUCCUCGACUUCUGCUUUGUGGCCACACAGUCUGUCACGACUGUCUCACCCGCCUGCCUCUUCACGGAAGAGCAAUCCGUUGUCCUUUUGAUCGACAAGUAACAGAUCUAGGAGAUUCAGGUGUCUGGGGAUUGAAAAAAAAUUUUGCUUUAUUGGAGCUUUUGGAGCGACUACAGAAUGGACAUAUUGGUCAGUAUGGCGCUGCAGAAGAAGCCAUUGGGAUAUCUGGAGAGAGCAUCAUUCGUUGUGAUGAAGAUGAAGCUCAUGUUGCAUCGGUAUAUUGCACUGUAUGUGCAACUCACUUGUGCUCAGAGUGUUCGCAAGUUACUCAUUCUACAAAGACAUUAGCAAAACACAGGCGAGUGCCUCUUGCUGAUAAACCUCAUGAGAAAACCAUGUGCUCUCAGCAUCAGGUGCAUGCCAUUGAGUUUGUUUGUUUGGAAGAAGGCUGUCAAACUAGCCCACUUAUGUGCUGUGUCUGCAAAGAAUAUGGAAAACACCAAGGCCACAAGCAUUCAGUAUUGGAACCAGAAGCUAACCAGAUCCGAGCAUCAAUUUUAGAUAUGGCUCACUGCAUACGGACCUUCACUGAGGAAAUCUCAGAUUAUUCCAGAAAGUUAGUUGGAAUCGUUCAGCACAUUGAAGGAGGAGAACAAAUAGUAGAAGAUGGACUUGGAAUGGCCCACACAGAACAUGUACCAGGUACUGCAGAGAAUGCCCGGUCAUGUGUUCGAGCUUAUUUUUCUGAUCUACAUGAAACUCUGUGUCGUCAAGAAGAAAUGGCUCUAAGUGUUGUCGAUGCCCAUGUUCGAGAAAAAUUGAUUUGGCUCAGGCAACAACAAGAAGAUAUGACUAUUUUGUUGUCCCAGGUUUCAACAGCCUGUCUCCAUUGUGAAAAGACUUUGCAGCAGGAUGAUUGUAGAGUUGUCUUGGCAAAACAAGAAAUUACAAGGUUACUGGAAACAUUGCAGAAACAGCAGCAGCAGUUUACAGAGGUUGCCGAUCAUAUUCAGUUGGAUGCCAGCAUCCCUGUCACUUUCACAAAGGACAAUAGAGUUCACAUUGGACCAAAAAUGGAAAUUCGAGUUGUUACAUUAGGAUUAGAUGGCGCUGGAAAAACUACUAUUUUGUUUAAGUUAAAACAGGAUGAGUUUAUGCAGCCUAUUCCAACAAUUGGUUUUAAUGUGGAAACUGUAGAAUAUAAAAACCUAAAGUUCACUAUUUGGGAUGUAGGUGGAAAACACAAAUUAAGACCAUUGUGGAAACAUUAUUACCUCAAUACCCAAGCUGUUGUGUUUGUUGUUGAUAGCAGUCAUAGAGACAGAGUUAAUGAAGCACACAGUGAGCUUGCAAAGUUGUUAACAGAAAAAGAACUCCGAGAUGCUUUGCUUCUGAUUUUUGCUAACAAACAGGAUGUUGCUGGAGCUCUUUCAAUAGAAGAAAUCACUGAACUUCUCAGUCUUCAUAAACUGUGCUGUGGCCGCAGCUGGUAUAUCCAGGGCUGCGACGCGCGAAGUGUUUUUCAGAUUAUACGUGACCCAUAUAUUGGGAAAGAAAGUUACAGAGAAGGGAUGAAGUUGAGUCAUAAAUCUUAGUUGAACUACUGUGAGGACACUGAUGUGUAAUGACAAGAUGUGAUGUGGUGGUACUGUUUUGGUUCACUGUCUUCAAAUAUAUUUUUAGUUUAAAAACUUUUAGAAAACAAAGCAUUACAAAAAAGUCCAGUGUUAUGGGCAAUGUGUAAAUAAAUAUAAUUAUACUGUCCUUUAUUUUUCAAGUAAAAGGUCAUGCUGUUGCAAGUGUAGUUUGUGCAUAUAAGUAAUAUUUCUAAAUUAAAUUAUUUAAUAUUGGACUGAUUGCAAUAACUGUGAAAAAAAGUAGGUAUUACAUUUGCCUGUGAGCCGUUGAACUGUUUUCUUUACUAGGUAACUGAAAGAAAAAUGUCUAACACUAAUAUGUAAACUUGCUUUUCUUGUAAAUUAUUAAGUGUAUUUCACCAAUUUUGUUAAACUUUGUAAUUCACAUUCUUAGCAUAUUACUAAACACAAUUUAAAAAUUGUGCUUAGAUCUGAUUAUAAUGUAUAUAACAGUGGUGUUUCCGUGUAAUUUCUUUUUAAGAAAUAUUCUUCUUAGGCUGUUACUAAUAUUUGUGGUUGUACUAUUUCACUAAUGAUUAGUUAAGAUUGUGCUAGUUCCGUCUGGGAAAUACCAGAUUUAAGAAUGAGAGAGACAUUUUAAGUACAGUCUAUUAGACUGUUAGGAUUUGAUUCCUAGCUUUGAAUUUCUGUACUAGGCCUACAUAUUACUGUAUGAGUUUUGUAAAGCAAGUUUUUCAAGUGUAUAGCCCAGGUCUGUAAAUCUGGAAUGCUUUACAAUCACAAGACUACACAUAUGAUCAGUAUAGAGAGCAAUAAAAUUUUAAAAUCCUUUUA